AUGAACGCUUUCCUUCUAGAACGGUAUCGCACCCUAGAAGCGAUAGCGGAAGUGUCAGCCAGCACGAGCGCUCCGACGGUUCCACGGGCCUCACGUAAGGAGGCCCCCGUCGCCAAGCAGAUGGGUAUCAAUGAUAGGGUCAAUUAUAUAAAGCAACAGAAGCUGUGUCUAAAUUGUUUCGCACGAGGCCAUAUCCUGGCCGAGUGCACAACAUCCAGCUGGCAGACCCCAAAUUCCAUGAGAGUUCGCAGAUUGAUGUGCUACCAGGCGCUGACAUCCUCCCGUCCAUUCUGCUCGGCGGCUCUCAUGUCGGAGAGACCUCAAGAGACCAUUUUCGGUUGGAUCCUGACUGGCCCUGUGUCGGGAUCCAUUUCAAGAUCCAUUUCGUCCUUUUCGGCUCGACUGUCCGUCGAGCGAACUCCGCCAUUGGAGGAACUCCUCUCCAAAUUUUGGGAGGUGGAGGACCUGCCGGCUAGCCCAGCAAAGGAAUCUGACCUUUUUUGUGAGGCUAACUUCAACGCCACGACCGUGCGAACCUCAACGGGUCGCUACAUGGUCACGCUCCCAUUCCGCGAUCCUGGUCACGUUGACCUGGGUCACUCGAGGGCUACCGCUCUCGCUCAGUUCCUGAGAAACGAGAGCCGUUUAAAGAGGAACGACUCUCUGAAGGAACAAUAUGACUCCGUUAUUCGAGAGUAUCUGGAUUUGGGUCACAUGACUCAAGUCCCCCCAUCCAGUUCCGGCAACUACUAUUUGCCGCAUCACGCUGUUCUCAAGCCCGACAGCACCACCACAAAGCUCCGCGUUGUGUUCAACGCCUCCAGCCCGACUUCAAACGGGAAGAGUCUGAACGACAUCCUCCACACAGGGCCAAUCCUUCAAUCCGACCUAACCAUUCAAAUCCUGAAAUGGAGGUUUUUCAAGUUCGUCUUCAACGCUGACAUCACCAAGAUGUAUCGGCAAAUCCUUGUGGAUCCCAAACACACCCGGUUUCAAAGGUUGCUCUUCCGUACUCCAGACGAGAAGUUAUGCGACUUUGAACUCAACACAGUCACCUUUGGAGUGAACUGUGCUCCGUACCUGGCUAUCCGCGUUCUGCAUCAGCUUGCGAGUGAUGUGCGCGACCGGUACCCCCUUGCUAGUGACAUCAUCGCCAAUUAUAUGUACGUUGAUGACGUCCUAGCAGGAGCUGACACUAAGCAGGCUGCGGUGUCUGCUAUAGAUGAGCUUCGAACAGCGCUCGAGAGUGCUGGGUUCCCUUUGCGUAAGUGGACCUCGAACUCGAAAGAUGUGCUGAGAAGAAUCCCUAAGGAUCACUUGCUCUGUGCAGACUUCCUCGAGAUCGACGAAGCUAGUGUCGCAAAGACGCUAGGCAUUCGUUGGCGGGCCACGUCCGACGAGUUCUUUUUCGUCACCGCCGAGAUGGUGUCCAAACCAUCUUUCAGUAAGAGAGAAGUGCUGUCGCAGAUCGCCAAGUUGUUCGAUCCUGCAGGUUGGCUUGCUCCCGUGGUCAUUUGGGCCAAGAUUUUUAUGCAAGAAAUCUGGAAGCAAGAAAUCGGCUGGGACGACUCCUUACCGGCGGAUCUCACAGAGCAGUGGACCAGUUUUCUGCGAAACUAUUCGUCCUUGCAGGACAUCCGCAUCCCUAGAUGGACCAACUACACUCCCGUGGAAACCGUGGAAUUGGAUUUUUGCGCCGCCUCUCAAAGCGCGUAUGGAGCCGCUCUUUACGCACGUGUGGAAACAGCUGGACAAGUGUCUGUGAGCCUUCUAGCAGCGAAGACUAGAGUUGCACCUAUCAAGACGGUCUCUCUACCUCGUCUUGAGCUGUGCGGAGCUCUCCUGUUAGCAGAAUUAUCCGCCGCCCUCCUACCACAUUUUCCCACCCCCGACGCUGAGACGUACCUGUGGACAGACUCCACUAUCGUUCUGGCAUGGUUGGAUAAGCAGCCAUGCAAGUGGACCACUUUCGUGGCGAACCGAGUGGCCAAGAUUCACUCGGUGAAUGGCACUUGGCAACAUGUUCGUUCCGAACAUAACCCAGCCGAUCUGGCAAGCCGCGGUGUCUCGCCGCAAGAGCUACUGGCCAGUCGCCUUUGGUGGCAGGGGCCUGAAUGGCUGACGCAUUCACCAGCGCAGUGGCCUUCACCAGUCAUUGGCUCGAUACUGAAUUGGAGUGUCGAGCGGUUCGAUCGAGCGCUCCGAGUGUUUGCGUAUGUGCGAAGGUUUGCCCAGCGUUGCCGCCAACCCAAGAUCUCGUUUCCAGAGACGCUCAGCUCUCAAGAGCUUGCAGAAGCUCAAGAGAGGCUGAUUGUACAGGCUCAGAAUCGGGUAUACGCGAAAGAGUGUGCUUCCCUCCGGUCCCAUAAUCGUCUAAUCGGGUCAAGCGAUAUCCUAAGCUUGAAUCCGUUCCUUGACAAGCAAGGUGUCCUGCGUUCGUGUGGACGCGUAAGAGCGUCCACCUCCUUAUCCUACGACGAACGGCAUCCAAUAAUUCUCCCGUUCGGCUGCGUGUUCUCACGCCUCCUGGUUUCCUUCACGCAUCAAGUCUCCCUCCAUGGAGGCAACCAAUUGGUGAUGCGGCUGGUCCGAACCAAGUUCUGGAUUCCCAAGCUAAGGAACUUGGUGAAGACAGUGAUUAGUGCAUGCAAGACCUGUGUGAUUCAUCGCCGCAAGCUCCAGUCGCAGUUGAUGGGUGAUCUCCCAAGCGCCCGGUCGACUUUUUCGAGACCUUUCACUAACUCCGGAGUAGACUUCGCCGGUCCCUUCGACGUCAAGAGCUACGUCGGACGGGGCUGCAAGAUUACGAAGGGUUACGUAUGUGUCUUCGUGUGCUUCAGCACGAAGGCGUUCCAUCUUGAGGCGACCACGGAUCUGACAGCGGAAAAGUUCUUGGAAGCUUUCUCCCGAUUCGUGGCACGGCGCGGGUGCCCUCUUCACAUGUACUCUGACAACGGGAAAACGUUCGUCGGAGCCUCCUCCAUUCUCUCCAAAGAAUUUGUGGAGAGCACCCGCAACCUGAUUGUCACCACUCACAGCCAUCAAGGUCUUGCAUGGCAUUUCAACCCACCUGGUGCCCCUCACAUGGGGGGUCUCUGGGAAGCAGGCGUCAAGAGUUUUAAGACGCAUUUCUACAAGACGGUUUCCUCCGUAAAACAUACGUUCGAGGAGCUUUCCACCCUCCUAUCCAAAAUUGAAGCGUGCCUCAAUUCGCGGCCUUUGUCUCCUAUGUCAGAGGAUGUGAGCGACUUGGCGGCACUUACUCCCGGUCAUUUCCUGAUCGGGGGUUCGCUACUCUCCAUGGCGGAGCAGAGUCCAGAGAGGAUGUGGAGUCCAUCCGCAACCGCUGGCAACGGCUCAAGGCUCUCCAUCAGCAUUUCUGUGUGCGAUGGAAGAACGAAUAUCUAA